UAUCCCUUCUCCUCGUGGCCGGGAGUCCUUGGGAAGAGGUUCCAACCCGGAUUCUCUCUCGGGCCAGCCAACCAUCAUCUUCCAGAGCCCAUCCCCUGCCCCUGGUCCAACCGUCAACAUGGACGACAAGGAUAUCGAGAAGACCGAGGAUGGCCUCAAGCCCACAAAGUCGUUUACCGCUGGGGAGGUCGAGCUCCUCGACGAGUCGGCGGCGUUCCUCCACGAGCACAACAUCAGCGAGGAGUACCUCGCUGAGCUGGUGAACGACAAGGAGAGAAAUCGGCGGCUGGUGCGCAAGAUCGACCUGACGAUCCUGCCCCUGCUCGCCGGCACCUACGUGCUGCAGUACAUCGACAAGCAGGCGCUGUCGUACGCGGCCGUGUUCGAUCUGUUCUCGACCACAGGCGUCAACCAGACGCAGUAUUCAUGGUUCGCGAGCAUUUUCUACCUGGCCUACCUGGUGGCCGAGUACCCGUGGGUCUACGUCGCCCAGAAGACGCGCAUGGGCAAGGUCGUGGCUGGGUGCGUCUUGUCGUGGGGAUCCGUGUUGAUGAUCACGGCGGCAUGCUCCAACUUUGCCGGGCUCGCCGCGUGCCGGUUCUUCCUCGGCGCUUUCGAGGCGCCCAUCACGACCUGCUUCAUGAUGAUGGUGUCCAUGUGGUACAUCCGCUCGGAACAACCCUUCCGGGCCGGCCUCUUCUACUGCUGCAACGGCGUGGGCUCCAUGAUCGGCGGCCUUCUCAGCUACGGCAUCGGCCAGAUCGACGGGUUCCCCGUGUGGAAGGCCGUCUUCCUGCUCUGCGGCGGCAUCACCGUCCUCUGGGGCUGCCUGCUUUUGUAUCUCCUGCCGGACAGCAUCCUGGGCGCCAAGCGGUUCACGCUCGAGGAGAGGGCCCUGCUCGUCGGCCGCGCCCGGCUCGCCAAGACGGGCGUCCUCAACAAGACGAUCAAGCUGUACCAGGUCAAGGAGGCGUUCCUCGACCCCCAGGUCUGGCUGCUGUUUCUCUUCGUCCUGCUGAACGAGGUCAUCAAUGGCGGCUUCGCCAACUUUGGCAAGCUCAUCAUCAAGGGCCUCGUCACGGACCCGCUACUCACGACGGCGCUGGGUAUCCCCCAGGGCGCAUUCCAGGUGUUUUGGAUCCUCGGGGGCACCUACACGGCGUCGCGCUUCCGUGACAUGCGCACGAUUGUCAUGGCCGUGUGGCUGAUCCCCACGAUCAUCGGAUGCGCCAUGGUCUGGAAGCUCGACCGAGCGCACUACAAGGUCGGCGUGCUGAUUGGGUACUACUUCAUCGGCUCCUUCGUCGCAUCGCUGGUGCUCGCGCUGCAGAUGCCGGCGUCCAACGUCGGCGGCUACACGAAGCGCAUCACCGCCUCGGCCAUCGUCUUCACGGCCUACUGCGUCGGCAACGUCAUCGGCCCGCACGCAUUCCUGGCCAAAGAGGCGCCGCUGUACCAGACCGGUUGCAAGGUCAUUCUGGCGUGCGCGGCCGCGCAGAUGGCCAUCGCCAUCUCCCUGCGGAUGCUGCUCAUCCGCCGCAACAAGGCAAGGGACGCGGCGGCCGAGGCGACCGGCCGCUCCCCCGACGUCGAGCACGACGACGACGACGUAGACCUGACAGAUAUGGAGAACCCCAACUUCCGUUACUUGUUGUAGGCGUUGGAUGCGUCUCGUAAAUGCACAGGUGUUUGGAUACGAUGAUAGAUGUCUUUUAAUAUACCAUAACGCGACCACGUUUGAUCAAGGAUAUGAGCCAGACGAUUGUAUGCGGAAAUUGCUUGCCCGUUGUAAAUGUGGUUUUCGGCAAGGAAGAUCAAGUUGUUCACCAGGAAUAAAUAUAUCACGGAAGCACAUAUCGAGUCUUCAAUCCCGCGGGCGUGGGUUUCACACCAAGAACAACCGCUGCACUUUGCGGCUUGCCGACUCGAACGC